AAAGUCAGUCAGACGCCGGGUCUCCUCCUUCAGUGAUUGGCGGGUAACUUAGCAACGCAGGUACAACACAGAUAACUGCGUUGAGAAACCAGUGCGGUUGGAGCAGGGUCGCCGGAGACAGUGACAGCAGGAGAUCUGCCUAGUCCAGCGACGUCUCCACCUGCCAGGGCAUACAGGGGCAAGGGACACUGCUCAGAAAAUGGCUCUCGAUGUCCUCGCCGUGGCCCCUCUCUACCAGGGCCCUGACAUCAGCAGGAUGAGGCUGACGGCGGAGCUGUCCAAAACGCCAGCCUCCCCGCUCAAACCCCUGGUCCCCUCGAAGUCCAAACUCACCACCAUCGAGACCAAGAGAGUCAUGUCCGUCCUGGACGAGACUAUCCACAAGGUGGAGCUGGUGACCCUGCUCUCACACAUGGCCUCGCAUCACGAGGCUCUGCAGGGCAUUCUGGGAGAGGACACUGUGAGGGCCGUGAGAGAGCACGGGGGCCUGUGUCACAGCUUCCUGGACAGCGUGGUUUACCUGCAGGACAAGGAGCAGCGGCUGCAGGAGGAGGAAGAGUGGGAGGAAGAAGGCUGGCUCAGAGACCGCCUCCUCUCCAUGGAGCUGCAGAAAUCCAGCCUACCGCCCCUGAUGCAGCGGAUCAGAGACUCCACCAAGGACGUCCUGAGGCUCCUGCUCAAUGACCCACAGGUGCCCAAGCUCUUGGAGACGCACACGCUGGGCAGAAGCGUGGGAGCCCAGAGUUUCAUUGACUGCCUGAUGGAGCUGCGGGGUUUCCUGUUCGAGAAGCUACUCACGAGCCCUAUGGAAGCCAGAGAGAAGAGUCAGUUCCUACAGGAGAUCGGGAAACGGAACAGGAAGAACCAAGAUAUCAUCGACGCUCUCGAGAACGAGUUGGCAGCGAGCGUGAAGGACAGGGACGCGGAGGUGGAGAAAGAGAACGUCAUGAUCCAAGAACUGAAAAACCACCUGCACCAGAUGCUCAAGGUCUCCGAGACCAACCUCCUUCGUACCAAGCGGGAGGCCGAGAAGCAGCAGAAGGUGGACUUCCGGGCCUCGCAGGCCAGGGUGGCCAAGAUCAAGCAGGAGAUGCUGCUGCUGAGGACCCAACACCACAACCUGGUGGUGCAAAACCGGGAGGCGGAGCAGGCGCUGAGGAAGAAGAAAUAUAAAGUGGAGACGGAAAUCGAGAACUGGAUCCAGAAGUAUGAUUCGGAGAUGAGUGAGAAGCAGGACGAGUAUGAGGAGCUUGAUGCCAUCCACAAGGAGGAGAAGGUCCAGCUGGAGGAGCUGAAGCAGAGGCACAACCUUCUCCUGGAGGAGUUUGCCCAGAUCCGGGCUGAGCAGGAGGUCAAUGCCAAGAGGAGAAUGGAAGCCGAGCAGGAGAUGCUGCACAUGGUGCGGGCCGCCACGCUGAUCCAGGCCGUGUGGAAGGGCUACCUGGUCCGCUCCCUGCUCAGGUCCAAGAAGAAGCGAAGCAAGAACAAAGGGGGCGACAGGAAGGGCAAGGGCAAGAAGGGCAAGAACUGAGCUCCUCCUGGUGGCCCACUCCUGACCCGUGUCACCAGGCCCCUCACUGCUCAGAGAGCAGGCCAGCGAGUCGUGCUGUCCCCGGCUAAAUGGUUUUUCAAAGUUAAAAACUGUUUUCCAAUCACAUCCUACAAAAAAUAAACGUUGCUUUGCUGGC